CUCAACGCGCCGACGAGCCGAGCGACACUUGUUUACCUUUGCGCAUCGGUAGCAUAAGAGGGCUGCUGUAUACACAUAGUGACGUAUAUAGUCGUAUACGCAGCCUCCCUGCUGUGCAGCUUAUACUCUCGCAACAAUCGACGGCCGCGGUGAUUAGCGAUCGGUCUGUGUCUUUUCGGCGGCGCACUUCGCGCGCCGAGUAACGGACUUUUCGGCGCAGUCUGUCGCCGGACUCUCGAGAGUGUACGUCUCCGUGUUUUUGUGCGACUGUGCGUUUUGACUGCUUUGUUCCUCCGCCUGUGUGUCUCCGGUGUGUGUAAUGAAGAGGUGACAGGCUCGAGUGCGUCUCUUGAUCAUCCUUGGAGUAGUCUGUGCGAGGAGAGGACGUUCGUCUUGGAGUUGGUGGAUCCCCGGGUUUUUCCGUUCGGCCGAGCAUCAUGUCGCGCAACGCAGCUCAAGUCAGGGCUACCUCGGACGACGAGGAGGACAGUAGCCAGGAAGACUGCUGCAUCGUCAAAAGGAGCAGGGGCAUCAAGGUCUACGAGUGCACCGGGUGCCGGUACACGAGCCAGAGAAGAUCCAACGUCGGACGCCAUUUCCGCCGGAUCCACUGCGAGCUCAAGAAGCACAAGCGAUGCAUUUGCGACGAAGUAUUCCUGACCAAGGGGGAGUACUAUGAGCAUUGCAUAAAGGAGCACCCUCACUUCAGACACUCUUCCUACAUCACGACUGAGAAGUACAAGAUUGGAAAGUCCAAGUCAAAGGCUAGAUCUGGUUCAAGAAGGCAAUCGAGUCGAGCAAAGGUGGUCGAAGUGAGAUCUUCUGCACGAUUAGCAGCCAUCGUUGACGAGUGUACAAAGUCAGAAAAGCUGGAAGCAGAGCAAGUGGCAGUGGAAAAGAACAAUAACGAUGGCAAUUCAUCACCACCACCAGUCGUCGAGGCCAUGGACACCGUCGAUGUCAAGCAUUCAAAGAACAUUGAGCCUCUUGAGGAAUCAAAAAUAAGAGUCUAUGAGGAUAAGUGUUCGCCACAGCCAUCAGCAUCUUGUGAAAUAAUUGACACUGUCAUUGGUGAUAAUGCCAAGUUGCCUGAUCCUUCUGUGGACAAAGAAAAUAAUCAACUCAGACUGCCCCUCAAGAAGCGCUUCAGGAAUUCAGCAGUAUUUGCAGACAUCACCAACAACAAUAGCAGCAGCAGACGCAAUAAUGAAUUAAACAAGCCGUCCAAUAUUGUUAGUAACAAUAAUGCCAUUCAAUUUAUUGAUCAAAUCGACUUUGAUGACUUAGACGCAAUUUUAAGUUUGGCGCACAUGAAAUGUUUAUACUGAUUUAUAUUAAAACUAGAAAGGGCGAGGACAUAUGUACAUAUCAAAUCAUGUUUCAGCAUUUUAGAUAUAUUUUUAUUACUUGUAGGAGUAACAUUUUUAUUUCAUAAGAAAUCAUCGUACAUUUAAGACUUUGACGUUUACAACUGUAAUUAAUUCACGAGCACGAUAGAAUCACUUAUUUUACCGUUGACCGUUUUUAUCUAUUUACAAUGUGACGCGACAUCUUCAUUUACAGUUAUUUUAAGAUUUUAUAAACUUGUAAAAAGCGUAACAGCUGCAAUCACAAUCAAGACAAAGCCACCGUCUACAUAGUCAGUUUGUAAUUUUCGCGCUACGGGCAUUGCGUGCCCUUAUCUCGACUCCUCUCAUUACGCCCGUCCGAGCUACUGUUUCGGCUCCUUCGUCACAAGGGUCUCCCUCUCUCUCUCUCGCUUUGUUGUCUUUUUCGCUCAAGCGACCGAGAUAUGACUUGUUCCACUAGGUAAGCUCUCGCUUUAACUCCAAGCGCGCGCUUGCGGCGGGGAGAGGAAAGAAGCGGCCGCAAGUUUGCCCGUUAAAACGCUGCGCAGAGCAGUGACUAAAUUUCCAUUAAGGCUUGAUUUAGAGACGGCGCGGAAAGUUGCGCGAGCAACCGGACAGAGUACAGCGUUCUCCAAUUUGCCGGACGCUCGCGAAAACGAGAGAGAGAGAAAGAGACAGUCGGCUGGAUGUUCCA